AUUUCUUUUUAAAGCAUUUUUUGUUUCUCUACUCGAUUGUCUCGUAAUAAUUUGUGAACAAUUAAUUAUAUCUUGCCAUCAUUAGUUAUUUUAUUUAGUCAGUGACCACGAUCUUGAGAAUUGAAAUUAACAAUGAAUAGUUCUGAAGUCCUCAAUGAUCCUGAAGCUUUGGCUUUAAUGCAAUCCAAGCUUGCUGGAAUGGUUGGUAUCAUGUCCGGUUAUUACGAUACCUUACCUAAGUCUGUGAAAAGAAGGGUUAAAGCCUUGAAAAAGCUUCAAGUUGAUUUUCUUAAGAUGGAAUCUCAAUUCCACAUGGAGAUGCAUGCCAUCGAGUGUAAAUAUAAUGCUAUGUAUCAAGGUCUAAUGAGCAAACGAUCCGAAAUUGUUAACGCCGUGUACGAGCCUAAUGAUGAGGAAUGUGAUUUCCCAUCUGAUUCUGAAGAGGAAGAUGACGAGAAGAAAGAAGGUGAAGAAGGAAGUGACGGUGAUAAAGAGAAGAAGCUGUCUAAAGAUUUGGAGGAGAAGAUGAAGACGGACGAACCAGCCGAAGAAGACGAUACCAAAGGUAUUCCCGAAUUUUGGCUUACUAUCUUCAAAAAUGUUGAAUGUAUCGCUGAGAAUAUUCAAGAUCAUGAUGAGCCUAUUCUUAAACAUUUAACUGAUAUUAAGAUCAAAAUGACUGACAAACCUAUGAGUUUCACGUUAGAAUUCCACUUUAGUCCCAAUGAAUUCUUUACCAAUACUAUUUUGACAAAAACUUAUGAACUAAAGUGUGCCCCUGAUGAGGAUGACCCUUUCUCAUUUGAAGGGCCAGAGAUUUCUAAAGCCAUUGGCUGCAAAAUAAACUGGAAUCAAGGUAAAAAUGUUACAAUAAAGACUGUUAUGAAGAAGCAAAAGCAUAAAGCCAAAGGAUCAACCCGAACUGUCCCUAAAGAAGUUGAAUCAGACUCAUUUUUCAACUUUUUCACUCCUCCUGAUAUCCCAGAAAACGAAGAAGAUAUUGAUGAAACUACUCAAGAAAUUCUUCAGGCAGACUUUGAAAUUGGAGAAAUCAUUAGGCAUCGUCUUGUACCACGUGCUGUUCUUUAUUUCACCGGUGAAGCUUUGAUCGAUGAUGAUUAUGAUGAUGAAGAAGAAGAGUCAGAAGAAGAAUAUGAGUCCGAUGAAGAAGAUGACGACGACGAUGAAGAUGAGGAUGGUGAUAAUGCUCCAGAAAAAAAAGAGCGUAAACCUCGUAAAAAGCGUGGUCAAGGUGAAAACCCUCAAGAGUGUAAACAAUCAUAAGCAUUUAAAACAUUAUCAAUAUCGUCUGUUACCAAUCAACAAUCCAUCAACCAAAUAAAAUGGUAACACGUUCGUCCAAACGAGCUAGAAAUUGCGCAAGAUAAAAACAUCAAAAACCAUCAUCAUCUUCAACGCAUUACCACCAAACAUGAAAAAAAUUUUCUGUCUCUUGAAAUUUAUCCUUUAAACUGUUGCUAUAAGAAGUGAAAAAAAAGUUAAAUGCUCAUUACAUGCUCCCAAUGAUUUUGAGCUAAUUUUAUUAUUGCCAAUAAAAAGUUCGCUUCGAUUUAAUUUUGCAAAAGAA